UUACCUCAGGAAGGGAGUUUUUUCAACUUAUAGGCAUACAUGCGAGUCUCAUCGACUAAAAAUCAUAAAACUUAUAGACUAUUUACCUCAGGAAGGGAGUUUUUUCAACUUAUAGGUAUACAUGCGAGUCUCAUCGACUAAAAAUCACAAACCCCUUUUGAUUUCGUGAGUACUUUAAAAUGCCCCAAUUAUUUAGGCCUGUAACUUAGCCAACGACUAACGACUUUUCAACUUAUGCAGAAGUAAAACCAAUCGAUACAUGUAUGAGUUUAAAAAUGUGGUUUUAUGUUAUGCAAGACCAAUGACUGACCAACCGAGACCGGUAAAUAGAGAUUUGGCGCCCUCUUCUGGUAAAAUUGGAGAACGUCAAAGAGCCGUUCGGAGGUUGGUUAGUUGAAAGGUAAAAUGAUAGUUCUGUAAAACUAUGAUUUGGGCGUCCAACCAAAUAGUUUUUAAGCAGGCUUUUUUUAAUUUAUUUUUUAUUUUCUGAAAAUACAAAAAUGUCUAAAUAUUAUAAACAUUAGCUAUAAAUUCAAAUGUUUCUACUUGUAGGCUUCGUACUGUUUGUCAGUAGUAUUCUUUACGUCGUGAACCCACGCACAGGCAACGCGUUUCAUGUCUUCUGUUUUAUUGGGGCUAGUUACUGUUUAACAUCUCCACCCAACUUUCAGUUUGUUUAGUAAAUCGAUCUAAUGAGAGGCUCCCCCAACACCACCAAAAGUAUUAUCCAAUGACAUGUUAAACACUUCAUGUACUCGCAUUUGCUCUCUGUAACAGCAAAACAUAUUUAUUAGCAUACAAUUUUGACCCGUGUUCGUUUGAGUUUUGGUGGAUUAAUGCAAAUCGUUGUUGGACGUGGAGAAGAAAACAUGCCGACAGAGCCCAACAUCAGUCAAGGAGAAAAUGGCGUGAGCUCCAACUGCGCAAUCUGUGGCGACAAAGCCACAGGUAAACAUUAUGGCGCCUCCAGCUGUGACGGCUGCAAAGGCUUCUUCCGCCGGAGCAUCAGGAAGAGUCAUGUCUACUCCUGCAGGUUUAAUCGUCAAUGUGUUGUUGAUAAAGACAAAAGGAACCAGUGCCGUUUCUGCAGACUUCACAAAUGCUUUCGAGCUGGAAUGAAGAAAGAAGCUGUGCAGAAUGAGCGGGACCGUAUCAGCUCUAGGAGGAACAUGCAAGACUCACAUGAUCUGCCGCCAAUCACAGCCCUCGCUCAUGCUGAAGCUCUCUCGCAGCAGCAGAUCAACGCCGCCAGCCCAAUGGGCCCUGCUGAUGUUUCAGAGAAAAAAUCAGCCACUAUCAGUGAUGUCUGUGAAUCUAUGAAGCAACAGCUGCUUGUUCUGGUAGAGUGGGCUAAAUACAUCCCAGCCUUCGGUGAAUUGCCACUUGAUGACCAGGUUAGUUUAUUACGAGCUCAUGCUGGCGAACACCUUCUCCUUGGUGUGGCUAAAAGGUCAAUGCCAUACAAAGACCUCUUGCUUCUAGGUAAUGGCUGUGUUGUCCAUCGAAACUGCCCUGAGCCGGAAAUAGGUCGCGUGUCUAACCGAGUCUUGGAUGAACUGGUCCUACCCUUCCAGGACAUCCAAAUUGACGACAAUGAAUACGCAGCUCUAAAGGCCAUUGUGUUCUUUGAUCCAGACGCCAAAAGCUUAAGAGACCCCUCUAAGAUCAAGGCGAUGCGCUAUCAGGUCCAAAUGAGUCUGGAAGACUACAUUAAUGACCGGCAGUAUGACUCGCGUGGGCGAUUCGGGGAGCUUUUGCUGCUGCUUCCUACUCUGCAAAGCAUCACCUGGCAGAUGAUUGAGCAGCUACAGUUUAUCAAGCUUUUUGGUCUUGCCAAGAUAGAUAACCUGCUGCAGGAGAUGCUUCUUGGGGGUCUGACCACAGAACAACCUCACUUACAUCACAAUGGUCACCCUCAGUUUCCAGUAACAGGACAGACUAUAGUCAUUAGCUCCAUACCAGGACCUGCACAGCCACAGCAGAUGGCAUCCCCAGAUACCCCCAUUCCAUCUCCCACUUCAGUACAGAACCAGGAGGCCUACAAGCCCUCCGGCAGCCCGGCUCUCCUGCUACAGCCACAGCCCAUACCAAACAGACCCUCUCCUGAGCCUCCCCUAUGAGUCUCCUCUCUAGCACAGGCCCUGUGAGUUUGUAUAUGUGUAAAUUGUGUGAGUUAAACUCUUCCCCACCUCCUGCGCAACAUAUUUAACUGAUCGAAAGAGAACUUUACAGACAAAUUCCAAAUGUAUUGUCAAAGUGGACCACCACAAAUUGAAAAUUUAUGUUGGAAAGAUUUAUGGUGUGUUUGUCAUGCUGGCAGACCUGCUUAUCAUCAGCCUACUGCUGGUAGUAACUAGUAAAUAGAGACAAUAUUCGUUUAUUAAUAACAAAUUAUUGUCAGUUACAAGAGACUUGUCAACAGUUUUUAUACUAAUAAACAGUCAAGAUUUAAUUUAUUAAGAAAAUUAUACUAUGCAACACUCAAGAAAUGUUAAUUUUUGCUUGAAAAUGUGCCCUUUAACACAAUAAAUAAAUAAAUACUC